GCUUAAACCCAGGAGGCAGAGGUUGCAGUGAGCCGAGAUGGCGCCACUGCACUCCAGCCUGGGUGACAGAGCAAGACUCCGUCUCAAUAAUAAUAAUAUUAAAGUCCAUUUAGAGUCAUUUCCCUAUUCCAGAGCAAAGAUGAGCUCAUGAACAACCAGGGGUCUCAGUGACUGAGGGACAGAGGCUCCCCAGGGGGCAGACAGAGACCUCACAUAUCUAUGGCAUGGUCCUGUCCACUGGGGCUGUUUUGUCAAAAAUCUUUAUUCUACUCAGGAGACUGAGGCAGGAGGAUCACUUGAGCUCAGGAGAUGGAGGCUACAGUGAGCCCAGAUGGCGCCAUGCACUCAGCCUGGGCGACACAGAUAAGAAGCCAGCCCUCGGGAACCGCCAGGAGCACCCUGGGCCCCACACGGCCCCAAGUCCAGCCUGCCCCGCCUCCUCUGGUGCAGAGGUCCUGGGACACCAGCAGCAGCCCCGCCACACCCCCCAUGGCCAAGAACACAGGCGGCAGAGGCUUCCCCUCCACGCCCGACAACUUCCUGCCGCUACCUCUACCGCCGCCACCCCUGGACGACGCAGAGCUCCCGUCGCCCCUGGACUUCGUGCUCCCUCCCCCUGCGGUCCCCAAGAGGCCUCCUAUGCCCCACCCCUGCAAGAGACACGAAGCAUCAAUGUUCAGAAGCAGCAAAUGAAUGCCAACACUAUUUGUGGACUCAGUUUUGGAAGUGCAUGGUAAAUUUGUUCAGCUUAUCAACACUGUUUUGAAUGGUGAUCAGCACUUUAUGAGUGCAUUGGAUAAAGCCCUUACGUCAGUUGUAAAUUACAGAGAACCUAAGUCUGUUUGCAAAGCACCUGAACUGCUUGCUAAGUACUGUGACAACUUACUGAAGAAGUCGGUGAAAGGGAUGACAGAAUGAAGUGGAAGACAGGCUCACGAGCUUCAUUACGGUGUUCAAAUACACUGAUGACAAGGACGUCUUUCAAAUUCUGCGCAAGAAUGCUGGCAAAACGUUUAAUUCAUGGGUUAUCCAUGUCUAUGGAUUCUGAAGAAGCCAUGAUCAACAAACUAAAGCAAGCCUGUGGUUAUGAGUUUACCAGCAAGCUACAUCGGAUGUAUACAGAUAUGAGUGUCAGCACUGAUCUCAACAAUAAGUUCAACAAUUUUAUCAAAAACCAAGACACAGUAAUAGAUUUGGGAAUUAGUUUUCAAAUAUAUGUUCUACAGGCUGGUGCGUGGCCUCUUACUCAGGCUCCUUCAUCUACGUUUGCAAUUCCCCAGGAAUUAGAAAAAAGUGUACAGAUGUUUGAAUUAUUUUACAGCCAACAUUUCAGUGGAAGGAAACUUACAUGGUUACAUUACCUGUGUACAGGAUACAAUUUAGAACAUCACAUUACAUUUAGACAUCAGGAGAGAGACUCCAAGUUACAUUGUGCUGCUGGUCCAUUUAAAACUUUAUGUUUGAAAAUGUGUAACAAAUUAUAUUUUCCAGUUUUAAAAGUCACAUUUUUAUCUUAUAAAAUGUUUAGAGUGCACAUGAGUAUGUGAAACACAAUUUCAUCAUUAAAAUACUGAAUUUUGGAAUAUAUGUUUUCAUUAUUAGAAAAU